GCUAGGAGGCCACCGGAGAAACUCCUUAACUCCGAUCCAUGGAAUUGAUUCACAAAAUACUGAAUUUUCUUGCAGCUAUCAUCACACUAAAUGCCCUCAUCUUCUUCUCACCGCCCUAUCUCAUUUUCAAGAUUCUUCACUUUGUCUUGCGUUCUGUUUUCCCGGAAAACGUCGCCGGGAAAGUCGUUGUCAUCGCCGGAGCGUCGUCUGGCAUCGGCGAGCACUUAGCGUACGAAUAUGCAAGGAGAGGAGCAUACUUGGUUCUAGCGGCAAGAAGGGAGAAGAGUCUUGAAGAAGUUGCAGAAAGAGCGAAUAGGCUUGGCUCUCCAUAUGUUAUUACCAUACGCGCAGACGUUUCUAAAGUAGAAGACUGUCAGCUUCUAAUUCAUGAAGCCAUCAACCACUUUGGUCAAUUGAAUCAUUUGGUGAACAAUGCUUCAGUAACACCGCUAAGCAUGUUUGAAGAUGUGAAUGAUAUCACAAACUUUGCACCUUCAAUGGACAUAAACUUCUGGGGAUCAAUUUAUACAACCUAUUUUGCGAUUCCUCAUUUGAAGAGAAGUAAAGGCAGGAUCAUUGUGAUUGCAUCAUCUGGGAGUUGGCUAAACGCUCCAAGGCUGAGCUUCUAUAAUGCAAGCAAAGCUGCAGUGGUAAGCUUUUAUGAGACCUUAAGAGUAGAACUCCUCCGAUCAGAUAUUGGAAUAACCAUUGUAACCCCGGGGCUAACUGAAUCAGAAAUGACCAAAGGAAAAUUUCUGGGGAAAUCAGGAGAAAUGGAAGUUGAUCAAGAAAUGAGAGAUGUUGAAUUGAGUGUGGUGCCAAUAGAACCAGUAGAGAAGUCUGCAAAGGCAAUGGUUAACAGUGUAUGUCGAGGAGACAACUACUUGACAGAACCCUCAUGGAUGAGAACCACAUUCUAUUACAACCAAUUUCUCCCAGAAGUAAUAGAAUGGUUUAGCCGCUGGCUGUUGAUCACUAAACCUGGAAAAUCACCAACACAAGCGCUGGGCAAGAUAAUCCUAGACCAGACAGGUUUGAAGACCAUUCUGUAUCCAGAUUCCUUGUUAUCCCCUGAAAUCAAACUCAACUGAGAAACA